UUCAGUAAAGCCUAGGUAGUCAAGCGCCAUCUUCUCUUUAUAUCUCCUUUUGUGAGGGAGAACUGAGAAGCCGCAAGUUGGGUAGAAGAAGCCCCCCUCUCUGUGCAGGGCACAGGGGAAGCUUAGAGAGAGAGAGAGAGAAAUGUCGCACUCGUUGGCAGCGGAUCCGAGGCAGCCAUCUGCUGCGAAGCAAUACGUCCCGCCGGUGAUCUCUCCGCAGGACGCCCCCAUCGACUACGCGGGCUUCAUUGCGGUCAUCUUUGGCGUCAUGGGCGUCAUGCUCAGGUACAAGCUUUGCUCAUGGCUGGCUCUCAUCUUUUGUGCUCAGUCACUGGCAAACAUGAAGAAUAUGGAAACUGACCUCAGACAAAUGUCAAUGGCAUUUAUGUUUGCUAUCAUGGGCUUGGUCACCAACUAUUUGACGGCUUCAAGACAGGCAGCAGGAAAAUGAAUACCAUCACCAAUGGCAAUCCUUCAUUUAUUUGUCAUAAAAGUUUGGCUGUAACAUUUUCAAGGAGACAAUAAGGGACAUGAGAAAAGCGCACCAUUCUAUUUGUAAGUCAUCUGAUGGUUUAUCUGAGAUGGAAUGGUUAAUUUCCCGAUCUAUUCUGUUUU